AUGAUUAAAACCAGAUCUCCCGUGGGACCAAUGUCUACAAUGGUAGUGCCGGCUAAAGAAUCCAACAGCAUGGGCCCCAAAGAAGUGGAACUGAUUCUCUUAAAAGAGCAAAAUGGCGUGCAGCUCACCAACUCAACUCUCGUCAACCCCGCCCAAGCUAUGGAGGUGGAAGAGCGGGAGACCUGGAGCAAGAAGAUUGACUUCCUCUUGUCCGUGAUUGGCUUUGCCGUUGACCUGGCCAACGUCUGGAGGUUCCCCUAUCUUUGCUACAAGAAUGGAGGAGGGGCAUUCCUGGUUCCGUAUUUAUUUUUCAUGGUCAUUGCUGGGAUGCCUCUCUUCUACAUGGAGCUGGCACUGGGACAGUUCAACAGAGAAGGCGCUGCUGGAGUCUGGAAAAUCUGUCCGAUAUUCAAAGGCGUGGGCUUCACGGUGAUCCUCAUCUCGCUCUACGUUGGAUUCUUCUAUAAUGUCAUCAUCGCGUGGGCGCUCCAUUAUUUCUUCUCUUCCUUCACCCUGGACCUGCCUUGGAUCCACUGUAACAACACUUGGAACAGCCCCAACUGUUCCGAGAUUCGCUUCUCCAACUCCAGCAGUGCCUUGGGCGGCAAUGACUCCUACAAAGCCACACCUGCUGCGGAGUAUUUUGAACGAGGAGUCCUGCAUCUUCACCAGAGCAAGGGCAUCGAUGACUUGGGUCUUCCCCGGUGGCAGCUUACUUGCUGCCUGGUCGUUGUCAUCGUGCUGCUCUACUUCAGCCUGUGGAAAGGAGUGAAGACUUCUGGGAAGGUGGUCUGGAUCACGGCCACUAUGCCCUACAUCGUUCUUACCGCCCUGCUGCUCAGAGGAGUCACCCUUCCCGGAGCGAUCGAUGGCAUUAAAGCCUAUUUGAGCGUGGACUUCUAUCGGCUCUGUGAGGCAUCGGUUUGGAUAGAUGCUGCCACUCAGAUAUGCUUCUCUCUUGGCGUUGGAUUUGGUGUGCUGAUCGCAUUCUCCAGUUACAAUAAGUUCACUAACAACUGUUAUAGAGACGCGAUUAUCACCACCUCAGUCAACUCCCUGACAAGCUUCUUUUCUGGCUUUGUCAUCUUUUCCUUCCUGGGCUACAUGUCUCAGAAACACAACGUGCCCAUUGGUGACGUUGCCAAAGACGGACCUGGGCUGAUUUUUAUCAUCUACCCAGAAGCCAUCGCCACCCUCCCUUUGUCUUCUGCUUGGGCCGUGAUUUUCUUCAUCAUGCUUCUAACUCUAGGAAUCGACAGCGCGAUGGGCGGGAUGGAGUCUGUGAUCACCGGGUUGAUUGAUGAAUUCAAGUUUCUCCACCGGCACCGAGAGCUCUUCACCCUAUUCAUUGUCUUGUCGACUUUUCUCAUCUCUCUCUUCUGCGUCACUAAUGGAGGCAUUUACGUGUUCACCCUACUGGACCACUUUGCUGCGGGCACAUCCAUUCUCUUCGGGGCGCUGAUCGAAGCCAUCGGUGUGGCCUGGUUUUACGGUGUCGGCCAAUUCAGCGAUGACAUCGAACAGAUGAUCGGACACAGACCAGGCCUUUACUGGCGGCUGUGCUGGAAGUUCGUCAGCCCCUGUUUCCUUUUGUUUGUGGUGGUGGUCAGCAUCGUGACAUUCAAACCUCCGAACUACGGAAAUUACAUCUUUCCAACCUGGGCAAACAUGAUUGGCUGGUUCAUUGCUGUGUCUUCCAUGUCUAUGGUGCCCAUCUAUGCCACCUACAAAUUCUGCAGUUUAUCUGGGUCCUUCCGUGAGAAACUGGCUCAUGCAAUCUCCCCGGAGAGAGAGCGGGACCUUGCAGACAGCGGGAAAGUGCGUCAGUUCACUCUCCACCAUUGGUUAACGGUAUAAAACGGUUACAGAAAGAAGACAGACGGCACCAACCCUAGAUAAGGGGGAAAAGUAAAGAUAAAAAAGUGAAAGGGAGCCAGAAACUGAACUGCUCCAGGAAGGAAUUACCAUUUAACUUCUACUUUACUGCAAAAAAAAAAAAAAGAAAUAGAAAAAAGAAAAAAAAGCGCUUUUCUCUUCUGACUGGUUACAUACCAUCCGUACCAAGGAAUAUUGUUGUGAUUGUCCUGUGCUGGUAUAACUUACAUACAAUUGGUGUGGUGAGAUCCAUGGUUCUAAUGUCCAGACAGUGCUGAGAAGAAAUAGCGAACAUCUUGGUUUUUUCAUUACACGGCAUCAUUUUGCUUCAACCCACUUAAACUGGGACGAACCUCCCCCACUGGACUUCUCCAACCUUUCGUUGCUGUAUUACGAAAGGAAAGGAAAUGGCAGGUUCUCGCUCUCUGCAAAUACCGAUGAACUCGUGCCAACAAAGAGAGUUUCCUGCAACUGCCUUUUUGCCCGCUUUCAGAACGUUGUGCAUUUUGAGUAAUCGUGGUGAUGGUGCAGGUGGCUGAGUCGUUGAUUAUUAAAUACUUCGGACGUAACUGUUUCUACAUAAAUGCAAUCAAAUAAGAGUGAUGCUCUGAGAUGAUGUUUACAAGCAGGAUAUUUAGCAACCCCUUUCAGCCUAAAUUACCUGCUGAGCAUGAUCAGGGAGAAACGACUGUUUUCACUUAGCUGCAAGAAGGAAACAGGAGUUGAGUCGUAAUCCUAAAUCACGGGGAAUGAUGAAUCGGGGUGCUCCUAAGUCUAUAGCACAGAUUGGAGAGGGAAGGGUGCCUUAACUGAAACCUGCUACCCCUUCCCUGCUUAACUGUGGGUCAUUCUAGAUUGUAAACGCCUCAACCAUUUCUAAUUCAUUUUCUCUAUAGAAAGCUCAGCAUUCAUUUGCUUGGCAAGCAACUCUGUAGCUGGGAUUAUCAGCAAAGUCUGUCUUUUGAUUUCUUCAACGGUCACAUUGAUUCUGUCUUCAGUCUUGACACUCCUUCAAGCAUUAUCCUUGAAAGGGUGAUAUUAUUAGGCCACAGGCUCUAAUUAGGGAUGGGGGUGAAACCAUUGAGAUCUCUAAAUGCAACUUAAAGACACUUCAGUUGUUUUUUUUUUCGUCCUGCUGGUUGCUUCUAGUUGAUUAAAUGCUCCUGAAAUGCAGUGGCUUGAUAAAAGAAAUGUAUUCAGAGAGUGUCUUGGUCGUCUCCUUGAAGAUGAAAUAAAAACCAUAUGUUGUUGUCGCCUGCCAAAGGCAAAGCUAAGAUCCCUACAUGGCACAAUUUAUUUAUAAUAUAUCCAUCCUAUUCAGGGUAUUUCCCAUCCAGUGUUUUCAAUCAGCUUCUAUCCGUGAACAGAAUAUUUCCAUUUCUCUUUCUCCUUUUUGGAAAUGGGAAUGAGCCUUUCAUGGUUUUACCCCAGUAGAAAAAGAAAUCUCCUAUGAAAACAUCUGCCGGGGAGCCAACUUGGAAUAAUUCUUCUUGGAAAUUAGAAUCAGUUCUCAGGGAAACCGUGAGGGGAUUUUGGAGUCUGUCAAGCCCCUUAUGUUCCCACGGUGAUCUGGCUUCAGGCAAAACACACCUUGAAUGCAGUAGAAGGAUAUCAUUCAUAAUUUCAUUCCACUAAACGCCCAUACACACACACACACUUACACCCCACAGUUCUUUAUUGAUUUUAGAAAAACAUGCUUCAGAUUCAAAUAAAUAUCUGAGACAAAUGAUCAACAUUAUAUUAGAUUUAGGACUUUUGUCUGUUUCUCAUCCUUCUUUGCUAGAAUGUUCUAAACAAGGGUUACACGAGUGAAGGAGUUUUUUACAAUUUGUAUAGCAUUGGCGCAAGACACUUUGCAUCGAAGGGAUAAUUGUACGUCAUUAUUAAAGUAUAUGUUUAAAGGUUUUGAAUAUAUGCUGUUGUACAAGGCUUUGUAUAAUAGCUGUAGAGAAAUCAAGGUGCUGUUCAUCAAUGUGGAGAAAUACCAAUGAUUUUUUUAAAGACAUUUCUCAUUAUGUUCCACCUGCCUUUUGGGAAGCAAAAUGUCUCUUUCCAAGCUGUCCGAUGUGUGUAGAGGUUGAAGUUUUAACCUGCCUCAGUUAGACUUACACAUCUCAUUGUGAAGUCCUAGCCUGUUCUCUUCAGCAUUGUUGGUACUUGUGGUUGGGAGGAUUCGAGUUUAAAUGUUCCUCCUCCUUUUCUGUUUUUUAUCGUUCUGUGACCUUUCUGGAGAAAUCUUAAUGUUAUGGCAGUCCACUUGUGUCUCCCUGUUUAAUAAAUAUCUCCUCUUGUACGGGUCUCUACUAACAAUAAAAACCUGAAUGGAAAAUA